GCGCGCGCCUCCCUCGGCGCAAUCUCCGCCCCGCCCACCGCGGCCAGCCCGCGAACUGGGCCCCUCGCGGCCGCGUCUGGGUUACGUCACCAACGGUUACGCUCUUCGCGUGUCGCCAACGGUCGUGGCAGAACGUUACGCGUUUGGCGUGCUGGUUGCCUUAGAGACGGAGCCGAGUCUGGGCGGCCCCGGAGAAAACACAAGGACAGCGGGGCCUCUGAAGAAGCCAAGAUGCCGUCGAAGGAAAGAACAAAAGGAAAGGACAUAAACAAAAGCAAGAACAAAGGCAAAAGCAAAGACAAGAAGAUGAUAAUAAAAGCUAAUGAAUCUACAGUGGAAAGAGCCAAGGCCAAUGCCUCCCUUUGGGAGGCCAGGCUGGAAGUCACAGAACUCUCUAGGAUUGAAUAUCGUGAUACUUCCCGGAGACUGGCAAAAAGUAAUGAGGAGUUAAAGAAACAGCAGUAUAAAAUGGAGAAAGACACCAUGUCUGUAUUAAGUUACCUGAAGAGGCAGGAUCAGGAAAAAGAUAAUAUGAUUGAAAAACUGAAACAGCAAUUGAAUGAAACAAAGGAAAAAGCCCAAGAGGAGAAGGAAAAAUUGGAACAAAAGUAUAUUGUGCAAAUAAGUGAGCUGGAGGGACAGUUCCAUCAAAAAGCCAAAGAAAUUGGCAUGAUUCAGACAGAGCUGAAAACAAUAAAACAAUUCCAGAGGAGAAAAAUCCAAGUGGAAAAAGAAUUAGAUGAUCUGAAGGAGAAUUUAAGGAACACAGAGCAGAAACAUCAGGAGACUCUUAGAAGAUUGGAAGGCAGGUUUUUUGAAGAAAAGCACAGACUAGAACAAGAGGCUGAGAAGAAGCUAAUAAUGCUGACAGAGAGAGCUCACCAUGAGGCUGUUGUGCAGCUGAACAAUGCUGGAAGAACUGUUUUUAAAGAGAAUGUUUAUCUUCAGAAAGCUCUUGCAUACCACCUAAAGGAAGCUGAUGCUCUACAAAAAAACUCCCAGAAGUUACAAGAGGCUCAGACUUUCCUUUUACAACAAAAGGAAAUCAAUGACCUGUUGGUUAAAGAAAAGAUAAUGCAACUUACCCAGCAAAGAUCACAAAUUCAAACUCUUCAGAAAAAGGUGGUGAGCUUGGAAAAUUCCCUGACUUGUAUGACCAGAGAGUUUGAGACUGAAGUUUUAAAACUGCAGCAACAGGCAGUGAUAGAGAACCAAGCUGGUCAGGUUGAAAUUGACAAACUGCAGCAACUUCUUCAGAUGAAGGACAGGGAAAUGAAUCGAGUAAAGAAGCUGGCCAAGAAUAUACUGGAUGAGAGAACAGAGGUGGAAAGGUUCUUUUUAGAUGCUCUACACCAAGUGAAACAACAGAUCCUAUUUAACAAGAAGCAUUAUAAGCAGGUAGCAGAAGCUGCUUUCAAUUUUAAAAUGAGAAAGGCAUGUGCAGGAAAAACUGAAUAUCCCAAAAUUCGAACUUUUGAUGGCAGAGAGCACAGCACCAACAGUGUGAAUCAGGAUCUUAUGGAGGCUGAAAAAUGGACAGAUAUUCAAGGAAAUGUGGAUAUUGGAGAUUUGACCUGGGAGCAGAAGGAAAAAGUCUUGAGGUUGCUCUUCGCAAAAAUGAAUGGUUUUGUUCCUAGGGGACGUACUGACAAGCACUGCUGAACAAUAUGUGACCCUGCAGAAGCUGCUGGCAGGCCAUUCCUUGCAGAAUCCUUGUUCCUGAAUAUGUUCAACAAAGUUUCUUAGAAGAAAAAACUUUUAAACUUAAGUUACCUGUUUGCCA